UUUCUUCUUCAACCGUUGAACUAUUUUCAACAAACUUUUUAACACUUGUUAGUUUCGCCUUUAUCCUUCCACGGAUUCUAUUUAACUCUUUGGCUUUUUGAGUUUUAUUUUUCUCCAUAGUUUCGCUAAUUCGUCUCCGGAUCGCUAGGACCAGAAUGGAGAGGUUCGAUAAUGAUGACGGACCUUUUUUGUAUUUUUAAGAUUUUAUUGUUUCUCCGCUUUCGGGAGUUGGAUUGAGCCUUGCCUUUCGGCGUUGCUGCUUCGUCGAUGAUGUUACAAAGACUGAUGGUUUUUUACAUAUGCCGCUAGAGGGCGUUACAAGUGAGAGGCGGGGCAACAUGCUUACGUAACAGUUCAGAAGCUUAUAAAAAUAUGCUACUCUCCUAAAUAUAAUAUCCUACUCUCCUAAAAAUAAUAUAUUUAAAUAUGCUACUCUCAGAAAUAUUUUGGUAUGGUAGAGAUGAAUUAAUUUGAAGUUGUCGAAAUUGCAAUUAAAAUUUGAUUUAAUAAAUAUUGGCUCCGAAGCUACUGAGACUACAAUUAAGUACGAUUUAUAGAAAAUUUUCAUUAAAAAUUGAAUCUAAAAUGAGAACAAUCUGAGAAAAAUGUUGAAACCGAGAAAUCAAGCAUGGCUCCAACUCAAAUUAUCAGGGGAUUACCAUUCCCGAAAGCACCUUGGAUUUCUGCGAAAAACAUCGAAGAUACUCAAGAUUAUGUUCCUCACGAUGGAGAUAUCAUUAUCGCUUCCUAUCCUAAAACAGGAACCAAUUGGCUCCAAUACAUAGUUUUCCAAAUAAUCUCUAAUGGCGAAUUCUUUCCCAACUUUAAUGAAUGCACUCUCAAACAUGCUCCACUUCUGGAAAUUGCGGGAACAGCCGUUUUAGAGAAUUUAGACAAGCCGAGAAUAUAUAAACAUCAUUGCCCUUACAAUAUGGUGCAGAAAAAUAAAGCAGCUAAAUACAUCUACAUUUAUCGAAAACCAGAAGACACUAUCAUUUCUUAUUAUCACUUUGCCCGUAAUUUAGGGUUAGAGACACCUGAACUGGAUGAAUUUUUCGAAGACUUCAUAUCUGGAAAUAUAGGAUAUGGCCAUUAUUUCGAUCACGUGUUGUCCUACUUUGAUCAUAAGGACGAUGAGAAUGUACUGCUCGUGUCAUAUGAAAAACUUCUGCUUAAUAGAAGAGAUGAGGUCUUGAGAAUAGCGAAGUAUCUUGGUGAUGAGUAUUUUCAAAUCCUCUCUAAAAAUGAUUCUGUAAUGAACAAAGUUUUAGAACACACAAGUUUUGAUUACAUGAAGAAGAAUCUUUCUGUAACACAACCAGGUGAAAAGGGUACAGAACGAAAAGUGGAUUUUUUUAGAAAAGGAACAAUUGGAGAUGGAAAACAAUCUUUGAAACCAGAUCAAUUAAAACGCCUCAAAGAUUUAGAAAAGAAAAAAUUGGAAGGAAUUGAUUUGCUCAAAGAAUGGCUAAAUGAGUGAAAGUUGUAUUGCAGCCAAUUGAUAUAUAACUUUUACAACUUCCAAUCUUAGUCAUUCCUCUAAUAAUCCUCUGACUUUAGCAAUUUUCCUUCAUAGAAUUGGCAAUUCUAAAAUUUCUAUAAAUCACUAUAAUUAAGUACAAAGGUAACCUAUAUUUGUUUUAUCAAAGUGCUUACAAUAGUUACAUUUUUAAAUAAAAAAUAUGUAAUUAUUGAAAUUAAGGCAUCUAAUGUGACAUUAGAAAUUGAACAAGGAACCCAUAAUUUCAUAUGGCGCUGUUUAUGUCAACAGAAUAAUAAUACUGAAUUUCUGUAAACGCAAUUAUGGAAGUUUCUAUUGGAAAUUUCUGUUGCAACGAAAUAUUCGUUUUUUGCAAAUAAUUGUUUACUGAAGAUUUCAAUUAUGAUUAGGUAUACACAAUUGUUGAUUUAUUUGUAUUGAAAUAAACACUAGAGAAUAUCAUA